AUGACGCUGAAAUAUCAGCGUCUGUCUCUCUCAGUGGUGGUUUCAGCUCAGUCGGCGGAUGUCUCGGCUCUGAUCGACAGGCUUCGUGUUGCUGAACGUCGACUGGCCGAGCUGCAGACUCGGAGCACAGAUCAAACCCUCGAGCUGACGAAGCUGCAGAGGAAACUGAACACGACGGAGAGUCUGCUGGGCACAAUGAACACAGCUCUGCAGGUCAGACUGAGUGUCAGCGAGGAACAGCUGAAGCAUUUGAAGGCUGAAAACACAGUUCAGUCUGAUAAACUUUCCUUGAUGGAGUCCAGACUGGCAGACAGCCUCAACAACUCAGCAGAGCUGGAGGUCAGACUGAGUGUCAGUGAGAAACAGCUGGAAGAUCUGAAGACUGAAAACGCAGAAUCCCAACAAAGACUGGCAGACAGCCACAACAACUCAACAGCUCUGAAGGUCAGACUGAGUGUCGGUGAGAAGCAGCUGGAAGAUCUAAAGACAGAAAACACAGCUCUGGAGACCAGAUUGAGAUCCAGGGAGACACAGCUGGAGCAGCUGGAGAAUCACACUGCAGUUUUUCAGAAGCGUCUGAUUGAUGCUGAUAGUCUGACAAUGAAGUUACAGACUGAAAGUUCAGUUCAGUCUGAUAAACUUUCCUUGAUGGAGUCCAGACUGGCAGACAGCCACAACAACUCUGCAGAGCUGGAGGUCAGACUGAGUGUCAGUGAGAAACAGCUAGAAGAUCUAAAGACAGAAAACACAGCUCUGGAGGCCAGACUGAGAUCCAGGGAGACACAGCUGGAGCAGCUAGUGAAUCACACUGCAGCUCUGGAGGCCAGACUGAGAUCCAAUGAGAAACAGCUGGAAGAUCUGAAGACAGAAAACACAGUUCAGUCUGAUAAACUUUCCUUGAUGGAGUCCAGCCUGGCAGACAGCCACAACAACUCAGCAGCUCUGGAGGUCAGACUGAGAUCCACUGAGAAACAGCUGGAGAAUCACACUGCAGGUCUGGAGGUCAGACUGAGUGUCAGUGAGAAGCAGCUGGAAGAUCUGAAGACAGAAAACACAGUUCAGUCUGAUAAACUUUCCUUGAUGGAGUCCAGCCUGGCAGACAGCCACAACAACUCAGCAGCUCUGGAGGCCAGACUGAGAUCCAGGGAGACACAGCUGGAGCAGCUAGUGAAUCACACUGCAGAUUUGAGCUUCAGACUGAACCAAACUGACGAUCGUCUGCAGCAGCUCUCAAACACCAACUCAGGUGAGCUGAAGGUGGCGUUCUCAGCCGGUCUCACUGAUUCAGGAGCCGUCGGCCCGUUUGACGAGGAGACGACUCUGAUCUUCUCCAAAGUCUUCACCAAUGUUGGCCGCGCCUACAACCAGACUGCAGGUGUGUUCACAGCUCCUGUCAGAGGACUCUACUUCUUCAGCUUCACGGCUGCAGAUUACCUGAAGGGAUACAUGGGGCUCUACCUGCACAGGAACAACCAGCCAAUCAUCUUCAACCUGGACCUGAACGACCACGGCGGCUACGCCUCCACGUCCAACGGCGUGGCACUGCAGCUGGAGGAGGGCGACGCGAUCCGCCUCAGUCUGCCCGCGAGCUACCGGCUCUACGACGACUCCCGAAACUUCAGCGUCUUCUCCGGCUUCCUGCUGUUCCCCCUCUGACAGGACCAGGAUCAGGGUCUGAGGGAGAAUCUGUGCUACCAGACUGGAACUGAUAGACGGGACUUUUGUUUUGGUGGGAAUGACUUCUUGCGGUUACAACCAGGACUUCUGAAGACGACGGUCUUCAGCUUUCAGUGUGACGACAACAACUCACCUGUCAGCAGCCGCUCUGCUUACAGAUUCACGUUGAAGGCGUGUUGUCGUCGUCAGGACGACGAGCGAGGCGUGAAAGAGCGUCAGCUGACUCGCAGCAUCAACCAGCUUCUGGCGAAGUUAAAACCCAAUCGUCAAA